GGAUAUCAGGAACUCCAGGUAUCCCAGGAACUCCAGGGGUUCAAGGACCACGUGGUUUACCAGGUAUCAAGGGAGAGCCAGGGAAAGAUGGAACUAAGGGUGAUCGUGGACUACCUGGCUUUCCUGGAUUACACGGGAUGCCAGCACCAAAGGGAGAAAGGGGUCCUAAAGGAGAUCAAGGAGUGCCAGGAAUAUAUGGAAAAAAGGGUUCAAAAGGAGAGAAAGGUGAUACAGGAUUUCCAGGAAUGCCCGGACGAUCUGGAGACCCUGGGAGAAAUGGGAAGGAUGGAUUACCAGGAAAUCCUGGUUUCAAGGGGGAAGUCGGACAGCCUGGAUCUCCAGGUCUAGAAGGACAUCGGGGAGAGCCCGGAAUUCCUGGAAUCCCUGGAAAUCAAGGAGCAAAAGGACAAAAGGGCGAAAUUGGACCCCCAGGUCAACCAGGAGCGAAAGGGUCACCAGGGGAUACUGGUUUGAUGGGACCAGAAGGCUCAUUUGGUCUACCUGGAACUCCUGGGCCUAAGGGUGAUAAAGGUGAACCUGGAUUACAGGGGAAACCAGGAUCAUCAGGAGCCAAGGGGGACAAAGGAAACCAAGGUGAAAGUGGUAUCCAGGGACUGAAAGGAGAAAAAGGAAGACAAGGAAAUCCAGGCUUACAGGGAGUAGAAGGAUUGAGUGGAGAACAAGGAGAGAAAGGUGAGAAAGGAGAUCCAGGCAUUCGAGGCAUCAAUGGGCAAAAAGGAGAAGCCGGUAUCCAGGGUUUGGUUGGACCUCCUGGUCUAAGAGGUCAGCCAGGAGAUCGCGGACCCCCAGGACCACCUGGAUCAGAUGGAAAACCUGCACGAGAAUUUUCAGAAGAAUUUAUUCGACAGGUUUGUUCAGAUGUGCUGAGAACCCAGUUGCCUGUCAUCCUCCAGAGUGGAAGGCUGCAAAACUGUAACCACUGUCAUUCUCAAAGUGCUUCACCGGGACUUCCAGGACCACCAGGUCCAAGAGGUCCUGAAGGCCCACGAGGGUUUCCUGGCUUACCAGGAAAUGAUGGCAUUCCAGGGCUCACAGGCAUCCCGGGUCGCCCUGGGGCUCGUGGGACAAGAGGACUGCCAGGGAAAAACGGUGCAAAAGGCAAUCAAGGAAUUGGGGCUCCUGGGAUCCAAGGUCCCCCAGGACCUCCAGGUCCUGAAGGUCCACCGGGUAUGAGCAAGGAAGGACGUCCUGGAGAGCGUGGGCAGCCUGGUAAAGAUGGAGAUCGUGGCACUGGAAUGCCAGGACCAGUUGGACCCCCUGGAAUUUGUGACCCAUCACUAUGUUUUAGUGUAAUUGUAGGGAGAGAUCCAUUUAGAAAGGGACCAAAUUAUUAACUUGUGAUACAAUCAUUUAGAGGAGUAGGUAUGGUGCUUGUCUUUUAUGGUCUUUCAAGUCUCAGGAAGG